AUAAUUGUAUGCAUAACAAAUGUGUUAUGCACGAAAUACCUUUCGCAUUGAAGCAACGAAUUGAUCUCAAAGAAGAACCAUUUGGUGAUAAAGAAAAAAUGAUGUUGAUCAAAUUGAACAAUUCGUUGAUUGAACUUAAACAUAGCCGUCGUUUUCUUCUCCAUAAUUGUAUCCUAGCGACUAUACUUAACACUAUGACGAACACUAAACAGAUUUUACCGAAGGCAUUAAUUACGCUUAUCGAUUGUGAUGAUGGCACUGAUAACAUUGCAAAAAGGCGACAUAGAUUUAUGGAUGUAAUAUUCUUCUUGCACAAUAUUGUUAGCGACGAAAAAAAAAAACAAAACGAAAAGUAUUAUAAUAUGUAA